CUGCUCUGCCAGGGACACUACAACUGCACUGGCACUCUCACUGCUGGAAGCAAUGCCAACAUGUGCCUGCUAAGCCUACCCUUGGGAUGCAGCUAGAGACGCGCCUCAGAGCUGCCAGGGACAUCUAAAGAGCUGUUUGUUCCCCCACUAUAACAAUAAUAAUAAUAAUUCAGAUUUGCUUGAAUUGACCCUGGGGGCACUCGGUGAGACCAUGGCUGCCAAAGCGGUAGAUAAACUCCCAGUGACUUUUGGUAGUUUUGUGCAUCAGUUCCCAGAAGGCAUCUACCCCGGGGAGGAUUCCACCCUGCCUGCCUCUGUGACCAUCUUCCCUAAUGUGGACCUGGGGGGACCCUUUGAUCAGAUGAACAGUGUGACAGGAGAUGGAAUGAUCAGUGUGGAUAUGAAUAAUGAGAAGCGAUCGCUGGAUUUCUCCUACUCGUCCAACUACCCCUCUGCCCCCCGCAGCCAGCCCUUAGCCUAUAUGGGCAAGUUCUCCUUUGACCCCCAGUACCCCGGGGCCGGCUGGAAUACAGAGGGAAUCUUCAAUAUAGUGAGUGCUGCUAGCAUCCUGGGGGUGCCCCCCUCCUCAUCUUCCUCCACCACCUCCUCUAACGCCUCAUCGGGGUCCCCCAACCUGAGUUGCAGCAUGGCUCACCCCCAGAGUGACAUGGACCAUAUCUACUCACCUCCCCCCUACUCCAGCUGCAAUGAGAUCUACCAGGACCCCUCGGCUUUCAUUGGCACCUCCACAGGGGCACCCUACCCGCCCCCUUCCUACCCUUCUCCUAAGGGGGCGUCGGAUGGGAGCGUCUUCCCCAUGAUCCCGGACUACUCGGCUCUCUUCCCUCCCCAAUGCCAAAGAGACUUGCACUCCAUGCCCGAUAGGAAACCCUUUCCGUGCCCCCUGGACUCAAUCCGGGUCCCCCCACCUCUCACCCCCCUCUCCACCAUCCGCAAUUUCACAUUGGGGGGCUCCAGCAAUGAGGGGUCCAGGCUGCCCAGCGCUUACAGCCCCCAUAACUUACCACUUCGACCCAUCCUCAGACCCAGAAAAUACCCCAACCGCCCCAGUAAGACCCCUGUCCACGAAAGACCUUAUCCCUGCCCGGCAGAGGGCUGCGACAGACGCUUCUCGCGUUCUGACGAACUGACCAGACAUAUCCGAAUUCACACUGGCCACAAACCCUUCCAGUGUCGCAUCUGUAUGAGAAACUUCAGCCGCAGCGACCACUUGACUACUCACAUCCGGACGCACACCGGGGAGAAACCUUUCGCCUGCGACUACUGCGGGAGAAAGUUCGCCCGGAGCGAUGAGCGCAAAAGGCACACAAAAAUCCAUCUGCGGCAGAAGGAGAGGAAAAACUCGGCAACAGCGGCACCUAGCGGCAGUGCGACCCAAGAGCGACCGCUGAGCCUGAGUCCCGCAGGGACCGGUAACAGUAUGUGCUCCACUGGGUCAAGCAGCGGCCAAUUGGGACUGUGCCCUAGCCGGACAGGGUGACACACGGACAGUGUAACCCCCACACAGGGAUCAAGGGGUCCGUCACUCCCACAAGGAUUCCCCAAGAAAUCGCACAGCCAGACUUAGUGGCAGUUAUCUUUAUCCAGGCAAUCACCUAGGAUACAAACUGGAAACAACCUCCAGCAUUAACACCUUUUGAUGGGGGGGGUCUAUGGUGGGCAAGUUACUGUCAAACGCUAAAUAAAUGCUUGGUGUUUAGUUCUGGCAGCAAAGUCGAGGUGUGUAAGUCAGAAGGGAGUUAGUGACAAGUCAGUGUAAUGUCACCAAUAGGAGCUUAUAUAUAUGCCAGGGAAUGCUUGGGCACAAGUGCUGGGCAUCUGUACCAUUCAUGCAGGGGCUGAGUUGUGGGUUAUUAAGGAUAAAUUCUCUUAGCCCUGCAGAGUUUGCUUAACUACAGCUCCCAUCAUUUAUCUAUUGGGAAAAGCAGAGAAAAAGCUGAGCCCCUGUGCAGCCUCUGCAGUAGCAGCUACAGUCCAGCUAAUGGCUGCACAAAGGACACAUGGGAAACAUUUAAUUACAAAUUUGCAGCAGGGCAGUAAUCCAGCAACUAGCUGCAAAUAACCCAGGGUUACAAUAAUGGGUUGCUAUUGGUUACUACCUUGGUGCAAUUUUGCAGCUGGUCUAGUAACUGAAGGCCAAAAAUAAUUUCCAGUGAGACAUUGUGGUACUGUCCCUUUCCCUUUCUCUCCAAAGCCCCUAUGAAAGGAGAAUAGCUACAUUAUUUUAUUGGUUCUCCUACUGCAAAAAGACAGUCACAUGAUAAAUCUCUGCCGAAACAGUGCAAAGUCUUGGCAGGAAUUUCUCAUAGUCAAUCCAAUCACAUUAUAUUGCACCAUUUAAUAUAAGCAAGCCAUUAAAGUGACAGUGGCUGAAUUUUGGGAGCAAACACAGUAUAUUAGAGUGUCGCUGUCUCAUCCUUCAGCAGAAAAGGGGGUGUCUGAUAGUCCUGGGUGGCCUAAUAGACCUGGGCGGGUUGAGCUCCACAGAGUCAAGUGCUGAAUAAUCAGGUUUGCCUUUUAUUUCUUACUAACCGUGUGUCAUUUUCAUGCGUGAUUCUUACUUUUUUGUAACUUUUUGGGGGCUAAAUUCAGGGAAAAAUGGAGAUAUGGUAACUUUGAAAGGUGUUUUCUAUCCUUUCCCAUCCUUGGGGUGAAGCACCUGUAGUAGCCAUAGUUUUGUGCACUUUAUAACUUCAUGACUGCUCCGGAGAGGCGGCAUGAUAUGAAGGGAGGAUGUCUGGAAUUUCUAAAGCCUACCCUAGAUUUAAUAUUUUCAUUUUUUUCCUAAUUAAUAACAUUAUUUUUUUUUUGGUGUAACCAAUACAGUGUGACUAACAGGAGUGCAUUCUAAAGGUACUGUUACGUUUGGCACUGCUGAGUUGUGUAGAACCCUUACAUCUCUUUAGGGGACUAUUUUAUUUCUUUUCAGUGUAAGCCCUGCUGCUGUUGAUGAACUACAGAUCCCAGAAUCCUUAGCUGGGCCUUGUAGUUCAACAACGUGGCAGCAGACAUCCACCGACUGUCAAUAAUGUUGAUCUGCACUGUUUUACAGAGUUCCAGACCUUUUUGGUUGGAGUGAAACAGGACUCUGUAUGUAAUAUAGAAGCGCCAGAGAGCCUAAUUUAUUUAAGGAUGUAUAUAGUUUGUGUACGACGUUAGAUUGCAUGCCUCUCUGCUACUCAGUGUUCAUGGUGCCUUGUGUGAUGUGGACAAUUCUCGCCCUGUCUGCAUGUAUAUAUAGGUUGCCUUAUCCACGACACAGCGGUGGCCCGGGGGCCACCGUUUAACAUAGCUGUACAUUACUGCCAAUUAAUAUUUGGAAUUUUUUCUAGAAUUUCUAUUUUUGUACCCAAACGCACUGUUUUGUGACCCAAAAGUGUUAACUUUGUAGUUGAGUUUACAAAAAAAUACAAAAUACGGGAUAAAAAAAUAAGGAAAAAAAAAAGAAUAUGGCAUUGACGGGGCUGCUUCUGUACUCGGAAAUAAAGUGUUAAAGAGUUUACUUUAUUAAUAACCAGCCACUAACUGGAAUGGAAUCAUGAAAUGUACUUAGAUACAAAGACUGUAAAUAAAUACUUUUCAACUAUA